CCCGCGGGUUGAAGAAAACGUACGCAUCGAGCGAGCCGAGCCGCGUCGCGUGUAACCAAACAAAGAAAAGCCAGAGAAUAGCAAAAGAAACAAAAAAAAAAUACAAAAAAAAAAAUACAGUAAAAUACCAAAAAUUAAAUGAAAUAAAAAAAGUCGUAUAUCAAUGCCAAUCCAUAGUAAUUUGACACUGGCCAGACCGAAGUUAACCGUUGUGUUCAUAAGCGGCAACGAAAAUGUCUCCUUAAUGUCACGCAAAUGAGCAAACAAACAUUUGAUUGUCACACGUUGCCGCUGCUGCGACUGCUGCUGCGGAACAGCGAGUCUGCGACCGAUACCGAUACCGACUCAUCGUCACUAUUGCGAACGGCAUCACAGUCAGAGACCUUAGCACCGGCCUGUGCCACGUUUCACGCAGGGCGUGUGCUGCUUCAAUAUCAACAUAAGCGACAGCAGCUACCGCAGCGGCACCACCCACACCACCAACGCCAACAACAGCCGCUAUCUACACUGCAGCAACAGCAACAGCAACAGCAACAGCAACAGCAACAGCAGCAGCAGCAUCAGCGUUGUGUGUCUGCCUACCCCUAUCGAAAUCCAUAUUCGCAGUCGUAUUCGCAUCCGCGUUCACAUCCGCAUUUAAAAACAUGUGCGCGCUCGCGUGUGAGUGUGUGUUUAAUUGAAAAGUCAUCGCCUUGCCACAGCACGAAUCGCUGUCAAAUGCAACUCAAUGCGACCGCCUCUGAAAUCUCAGUAAACUAAUACGUCAAGUGUUGUUCAAUUCUAGUUUUUGUCGUAGUCGUUGCCAUUGUCGUUGCCGUCGCCGUCGCCGUCGCCGUCACGUCUGCCUCAGCCUUUGAAUCUCUGUCGCCGUUUCGCCCUCUCAGCCUCUCUCUGUAUUACCCACGCCGUGUGUUUUCUUUGCCGUGUUGGCUGCUUGUCAGCAGGCCUCGAAUUUCAUUUCGUUUCCGGUCUCGCAGGUCGGUAGCUGGUUAUCUGGUCCCUGGACCCGUGCCCGGUACUCUCUCAGUCGCCCAGUCUGUCUGUCUGGCUGGGCAGCUGUUACACUUAUUUUAACCUUUGCGGCGCGUUGACUUUUGUGCGCAAAUUGAUGUCAGCAAUCCAUGCCAACGCUCAAGACUGCAAACAGGAAUUGUUUAAACCUUCGACAACAAAGUGCUGCCAGCAACAAAAUAUAAACAAAAAUACUAACAACAGACUCUAAUCACACUGCACAGCUAGAACUUAGCUCCGAGCGCCAGGAAUUUAGAGAAACAUGAUCAUGGAAUUGUCAUUAAUCAGGCACUAGAUACGAUAGCAACAGAAAGCAGCAAUAACACCAACCACAACAAGAACAAUGAUAUGUGGCAGUAAUUGAAGCGAGACAGCAUACGUAACAAUUGGGGUCGUAGCAGAAGCUAUAGCUACGACAACUAGUUAACCUACCUAACCCGUGAGAAGGCUGCGUGCUGCUCUAAAGCGGCACCAUUGCUGCCAUUAAAAUAGACGCCGCAGCGCAACAGCAACGCUGCCGUCGUCACAAUCAACGCCAGCGCCACCAUCAUCCACACCAUCGCCAUCGCAGACGACGACGGCGCAUCCUAACAUCGGGAUUCGGCGUGGGCGCACGCCUCGGUCUGAGCGUUGGAGCUGGAGUUGCCGUUGGCUCAUGCCGCCCGUUGCUGGCAACUCAACCGAGAGACGACAGCAGCGACGACGACGGCAUAGCGAUACCAUCAACAUCCACAGGGGCAGCUGUCUUCACACAGCUGCAGCCCGUCGACCAGCAGCGACGAAGGCGCCACUACCACGGCCUGUCACUUCUAGGCAAUGCAACGUUCUGUGCAGCAACGGGUUGGACCUGGCCUAAGAUGGGUAGCGUGCUCUUUGCAGCUGUCUUCAUAGCAUUACACUUUGCCACCGGCGGCCUGGCCAACCCAGAUGCUAAGCGACUGUACGACGAUUUGCUGAGCAACUACAAUCGACUCAUACGACCCGUGGGCAAUAACUCCGAUCGUCUGACGGUCAAAAUGGGUCUAAGGCUGUCCCAAUUGAUCGAUGUGAAUUUGAAAAAUCAAAUAAUGACUACCAACGUGUGGGUGGAGCAGGAGUGGAACGACUACAAACUGAAAUGGAAUCCCGACGAUUACGGCGGCGUGGAUACCCUGCAUGUGCCCUCCGAGCACAUAUGGCUGCCGGAUAUUGUACUAUAUAACAACGCCGAUGGCAACUAUGAAGUGACAAUAAUGACAAAAGCAAUUCUUCAUCAUACGGGCAAAGUGGUUUGGAAGCCGCCCGCCAUUUAUAAAUCCUUUUGUGAAAUUGAUGUCGAAUACUUUCCGUUCGACGAGCAGACAUGUUUCAUGAAGUUCGGCUCGUGGACAUACGAUGGUUACAUGGUUGACUUGCGACAUUUGAAGCAAACCGCCGACUCGGAUAACAUUGAAGUGGGCAUCGAUCUGCAGGACUAUUACAUCUCAGUCGAAUGGGAUAUUAUGCGUGUGCCGGCGGUGCGCAAUGAGAAGUUCUACAGCUGCUGCGAGGAGCCCUAUCUGGAUAUUGUGUUCAAUCUGACGUUGAGGCGAAAGACACUCUUCUACACAGUCAAUCUGAUCAUACCAUGCGUCGGCAUAUCAUUUCUGUCCGUGCUGGUAUUCUAUCUGCCCAGCGACUCGGGAGAGAAGAUUUCACUCUGUAUCAGCAUUCUGCUAUCGCUGACUGUGUUCUUUUUACUGCUGGCCGAGAUUAUUCCGCCGACGUCGCUGACGGUGCCGCUGUUAGGCAAAUACCUGCUCUUCACUAUGAUGCUGGUCACGCUCUCUGUUGUGGUAACCAUUGCGGUGCUGAAUGUCAACUUUAGAUCGCCAGUGACGCAUCGCAUGGCACCUUGGGUGCAGCGCGUCUUCAUACAAAUCCUGCCCAGGCUACUCUGCAUUGAGCGGCCCAAAAAGGAGGACCCCGAAGAGGAUCAGCCGCCCGAGGUGCUCACAGAUGUCUUUCAUUUGCCGCCAGACGUGGACAAGUUUGUUAACUACGACACCAAGCGCUUCAGUGGAGACUACGGCAUACCAGUGUUACCCGCUGCUCAUCGCUUCGAUUUGGCGGCGGCCGGUGGUAUUGCCGCCCAUUGCUUUAGCGAUCCGCCUCUGCCCUCCUCACUGCCACUGCCGGGCGCCGAUGACGAUCUAUUCAGUCCAUCGGGUCUCAAUGGCGACAUCAGUCCGGGCUGUUGUCCAGCAGCUGCGGCAGCAGCAGCCGCAGCCGCAGCUGCUGCAGCCGAUCUCAGUCCCACAUUUGAGAGGCCCUAUGCACGGGAAAUGGAAAAGACUAUAGAAGGGUCGCGCUUCAUAGCACAGCACGUGAAAAACAAAGACAAGUUCGAAAGCGUGGAGGAGGACUGGAAAUAUGUUGCCAUGGUAUUGGACCGUAUGUUUCUAUGGAUUUUCGCAAUCGCUUGCGUUGUCGGCACAGCGCUAAUUAUAUUGCAAGCGCCAAGUUUGUAUGAUGAAUCGCAGCCGAUUGAUAUACUAUAUUCGAAAAUUGCCAAAAAGAAGUUCGAGCUGCUCAAGAUGGGCAGUGAAAACUCCUUAUAGCGUCCACUUGGGUUCGCAGCGGGCUGGUGGAAUUUAAUCAUCAGCUCGUUGCGAACCCUGUUCGCCGCACGCGACGAUGAUCGUGGAUAAUAUACGAUGAGCCAAACCAUGAGUGUCUCGUCGCCGUUAUACAACACUAACAGCAGCAACCAGAGCAGUAUCAGCAGCAAUAGUGUUAAUACCGUUGUCGAUAGCAAUACCGAUAACAAUAACGCAACGAUAAACAGCUCAUGGAGCCCAUUAUAAGUAGCGGAGCGAAGCGAACAUUGGAAAUAGAAAACAAACAAAAAAUAAAAAUAAAAACAAUCGAACGAUUGCGAUUGCGAUUGCGAGUUUACGAGCAGUUGAUCAAAACGUGUAUGUAAAGUAAAGGAAAUCAAGUAUUGUAGUGUUGCGUAACGUUAAUCACGUCAAUAACCGUAUGCAAGAUCAACUUUGACAUAUGUAUAUGACACUGACACGACGACCCUCCAUAGCUGGCAAAGCUGAGGGUUUAGCUAGUAAGUUUUUGAUGGAUGUGUGUGAGAAGGAUCGUACAUUAUGCAUGUGCGUGUGUAAGUGUUAGAUGGUUGUGCAGUGUUGCAUAAUGUGGCAGCCAGUGUUGUAAAAACAAGAAAAUAAUAUAAAAAAGCAAACGUAUUGUAAUUUGUAUUGUAUUUUUGAGCGCCAAAAAGUUCCUUGUUGAUUUUUAGUUCUACAGUUUCAUAAAA